AUGUGCUCUCUUAUAGAGUUAAAUGCUUUGGUUAAAAACCUUAAUAUUGUUGAUUCAGAGCUACAGCAUGUAAAUGUGGAAGAGUUAGGUUUUGACCACCCAUUGUGUUCUGGCGAUAUUUUAAAGUCAAAAAAUGCAAUAAUAGAGAUUUGUAAAGAAUUUAUUAAGAAUGAAGAGACAAACUUUUCUGUAGAUAAAUUUGAUACAGUGAAUGGCAUAGAGUUUGAAAAGUGA